AUGGAUACUAUCACUGCUUCUAAAUCUAGAUUGCAUUAUGCUAAGGUUUGUGUUGAAAUAGGAGCCAAAGAGGAAAUUCCAAAAUCUAUCAAAGUAGAACUUGCUAAUGGUCAAACCACUCUUAUCUAUGUUGAAGUUCCCUGGUUCCCGAGUAGAUGUAGCAAAUGUAUCUCUUUUGGUCAUUCUGAUAAAAACUGUCAUGCAAAACAAUCAACAUCUCAUUCCACUUUGAAAAUAUGGAGAAAAAAUACUGACUCUUCUGCUAAUUUAUCUUCUAGUAAAGAAGAAUUGCAGAACCAAAAGCAAAACUCCUCCAUCUCUAAGGAGCAGUCUGAUACUACUGACAGUAAUACAGAAGAUGCUACUUCUAGUCAUUCUCCUAUCCUAACUGAUCUUUCUUCCAAGGAUGAUUCUUCAGUUCCUCAUAGUAUCUCUGCUAGGGAUGGAAUCAUUCCUUCUUUAGUACCUCACAGCAACCCGACUAGUGAUGUAAUUAUUUCCUUAAAUCCUACUUUACCUCCCAGUGAUGAAUCUGUCCAAGAGGAGAUUCCCCCUGUGUCUCAAUCUGAAAUGAUCAAGAGCCUCUCUUUAUUCCAAAAAGAGGUAGACCAAUAA